ACUGCACCUCCGGCUGCGGCGCACACGCCUCCCGCGCCUCCUCCUUGGGAGCCUCGCCGUCCGUUGUGUGCUCACUUGCAGCCGUCUCCGGACGGGAGAGGUGGCCGCAGAGCCCUUGCGCUUCUUUGGGGGGCACCAUGGCCAACGACGACGAUGCAUUCAACAAACCUUCCGCACCGUCGGAGGCACCUAACGCCCCCGAGGCAUCGCCGCAGGGCAAGGCCGGGAGCAGCAGCGGCGGAGGCGGCUCGGGCUCCGGGGCGUCGGGGUCCGGGGCGUUGGGCCUGAGCGCCUCGAGCAAGAAGUCCCCGAGACUGCCCAAGUGUGCGCGCUGCAGGAACCACGGCUACGCGUCGCCGCUCAAGGGCCACAAGCGCUUCUGCAUGUGGCGGGACUGCCAGUGCAAGAAGUGCAACCUGAUCGCCGAGAGGCAGCGCGUGAUGGCCGCGCAGGUGGCCCUGAGAAGACAGCAGGCUCAGGAGGAGGAACUGGGCAUCAGCCACCCCAUUCCACUGCCCAGCGCACCUGAGCUGCUUGUCAAGAGAGAGAACAACAGCAGCAACCAGUGCCUGAUGACUGAGAGCAGCAGCUCCUCGCAGCCACCGCCAGCCAGUACUCCCACCACUGCAGCUUCAGAGGGACGCAUGGCCAUCCAGGAUGUUCCUGCUGUUACCAGCAGAGGGCACGUGGAGAACACACCUGACCUGGUUUCAGAUUCCUCCUACUACAGCAGCUUCUACCAGCCGUCUCUGUUCCCUUACUACAACAAUCUGUACAACUACCCUCAGUACUCCAUGGCCUUGGCUGCUGAUGCCUCUUCUGGGGAUGUGGGAAGUCCCCUCGGGGGAUCCCCCAUGAAGAACAGCCUACGGAGCCUCCCAGCACCUUAUGUGCCUGGUCAGACAGGAAACCAGUGGCAGAUGAAAAACUCGGAGAACCGCCACGCAGUGAGUUCCCAGUACAGGAUGCAUUCUUACUACCCGCCUCCCUCCUACCUGGGCCAGAGCAUGUCCCAGAUCUUCACUUUUGAGGACGGCCCCUCUUACUCGGAAGCCAAAGCGAGUGUAUUCUCGCCGCCCAGCAGUCAAGAUUCUGGCUUGGUUUCCCUCUCGAGCAGCUCUCCUAUUAGUAACGAGAGCACAAAGGGAGUGCUGGAAUGUGAGUCUGCGUCGGAGCCCAACAACUUCACGGUCACUCCCGUCAUCGAGGAGGACGAGUAAGCGGUGCCUGCUGCCUGCCAUUGGCAGUUCACUUGGAAUAGCAGGCUUAUUCCAUUAUCCACAGGGUUUGUUGUUAAUAUUUUGCAUUGACUCAUUGACUCAUGCUGACUUAACUACUGAGAAUAUGUUUGGUUUAUAUUCCUUAGAGUGCAGCCCAGAGGCUAAAACACAUUUGUAAUAGUUCAGGGUUUGUGACUACCAUUCACAAGAAUUAAAAGUGCUUUGCUCACAUAGUAGUGUCCCUCAUUUUUUCUAUGACACUAUGUUGGGGUACAUGUAGUUUUCAAGAAAUACAGUUCACUUAACUGAAGCCAUAUGUGUGCAUCUGAGUCAUAAUUAGAUGUUCCUUUUAGUUUUAAAAUGAAAUCUUAGGUGCCUUAGAUUUUUAAAAAAUUUAUUUUAUUAAAACUGCAAAAAUUUUAAUUUAGCUAAGUACCUGACCAGUGAGAAGAAAAGAGCAGGCAAAAUUAGUGAUUAUUUUAGAAAUCUGCAGAAGGUCAGAGUAAAUUGAGAUACUGUGUGUUUGUGUUGCUGUUGGAAAUAGCUGCAACCUCAUCCCUCCAAAUCCAAAACAUGACUGAAACAUAGUAAGAAAAAAUUAAAGCCCUUAAGAAUGACUACUUUUUCUGUAAAGGGUAAUUUGAAAAUAAUACAAUUUAAAGUAACCCCAGUGAUGCAGAGUUCUUAGGUGUUGUUUCUAGAAUAACAUGAGUUUAUCAUACAUAUUCUACCACAGGAAAAUAAUGGAUGCAAUCUAGACUAUUUUGUAACCUUAGGUUGUAAUCUGACUUGGAAAUAAGUACAUCUUUAAAAGUUACCACAGAUUUCUGAGUUCAUUAUUUUGUUUAAAAAUUGCUUAUGGAGUACUUCCUUAUGUAACAGAAGCCAUCCUGAAAUGAAACUAGUCUAAAAAAAAUUCAUUGUUCUGUGUAGUUGCAGCUGUACCUGAAAUAAAAACGUUAUUGAUGACUGAAUUUUCUUGUGUGUAUAUUUGGUGAGCGGUAUUAAACAGGAAAAAA